CGAGAGCUGGGGGAACGCUCGGUGCCAGGCGCGGAAGUCGCUGUAGCUUGGAGACGGUGCCGGGGCCUGCCCGUGACUCACUGGACGGAGCCGCCGCCCGCUAUCAUGGCCGAGACUGACCCCAAGACCGUGCAGGAUCUCACCGCCGUGGUACAGACACUGCUUCAACAGAUGCAAGACAAAUUUCAGACCAUGUCUGACCAGAUCAUUGGAAGAAUUGAUGACAUGAGCUGUCGCAUUGAUGACCUGGAGAAAAACAUUGCAGACCUCAUGACACAAGCAGGAGUGGAAGAAUUGGAAGGAGAGAACAAGAUGCCUGCUACUCACAAGAGUUAAAGUUGCCAAUAAUUUAAGAUGAACGCUGGAAUACACUUUUUUACAAAUCCACAGGAUUACGGAACAGUUUUUUGCAACUAGUGUAUGUAAAAGCAUUUUAUAUGGUUAUAGAGCUUGCAUUCCUAAUGUAUAUUGUAUAGCUAGAUUUAGGUUAGUAUAUUUUGAUUUGUGUAGUGUAGUUCCACACUUUUUGAAUUCUUGUUAUAAGGAUCAAUUGUAUUAAACACACACAUUUGAUGGAUCUUAACUAAA